AUGAAGUCUCUAGCGAUGCGUUUCAGUGUCACGGCGGCCUGUCUGCUGCUGGCAGCGCUGGCAAACUGUGCCCCUUUCACAGUCAACACGACCAACGGCCUCAUCACUGGCCACCAGGCAAAGACAGCGGCAAAUGUCCAGGAGUUUCUAGGGAUCCCGUAUGCGCAGCCUCCCGUAGGCAAGCUGCGAUUCAUGCCGCCGCAGCGAUACGUCGGUGACAGGCCGUUCGUUGCCUCUAAUUUUUCGACUGGUGUGUAUACACCGGCGAAAGGGGCCCUUUUCCCCCGGCGCGAUGCCAACUACGCCAGGAUCCUGACGGCGUUCAUGGGCAGCGGCCCCAACGUCCACAGCGAAGACUGCCUGACGCUGAACGUCUGGACGAAGGGAACCGCCGGCCGGAAGAGACCUGUCCUGGUCUUCUUCUACGGAGGGAGAUUCACCAUUGGGGAUACCAACACCCCCUUUUUCGACGGCCAGUUCUUCUCGGACGCAGAGGAUGUCGUGGUUGUUACGGUCAACUACCGGGUAGGCAUCUUUGGCUUCCCUGGUGCCCCCGGACAGCGCCAGAACCUGGGUCUGAGGGACCAGCGGCUGGCGGUUGAAUGGCUUCGGGACAACGUCGGGGCCUUUGGCGGAGACGCAGCAAGAAUCACCAUCUUCGGCCAGUCCUCUGGGGCGCUCGCCGUCGAUGCGUAUUCCUAUGCGUAUCGAGAUGAUCCCAUCGUGGCCGGUCUGAUCCUGCAUUCGGGUACGAUCUUUAGUUUUCCCCUGAACUCGAGGGAGCUGGCGGUCAGGAACUGGUACAAUGCGUCUUCUCUCGUGGGCUGCGGCUCAACUGGAGAUGUGCUGGCCUGUAUGCAGAGCAAGACUGUGGAUGAGAUCAGAGUCGCCGCGGAUAAGGUCCCUCCGCCGCCUAAUACGAGCGUUGCUCGAUCACAGCCUGUGUUUCAGCCUGGACCAGACGGCGAACUGAUCUUUGAUGACUACGAGUCCCUGGCAUCCCAGGGGAAAUUCAUCCAAACACCGAUGAUACUCGGGCAUGGAGACCGUGAAUCUUCAUUCUACAACAUAUCUGCCUGGGCUCGAGGCACCGUCCUCACAGACGAACAGUGGGCCCAGUUCGUUACCGAUGUAUUCGGAUGCCCAGCCAUGAAGGAGGCCGAUUACCGAACCAAGCACGGCGUUCCCGUCUGGAGAUAUCGCUACUUCGCCGACUGGGACAAUACCCGGCUCUUCCCUAACAGUGGUGCAUACCACGGUGUCGAUCUACACAUGAUCUUUGGAAAUUCACAGGGAGUCACUGGAGACCCAGAAUCUUCAGAGCAGACCAUUCUCAAGAGAAUCAUGCAGAAGGCCUGGGCUACUUUUGCGGCUGACCCCUGGGCCGGGCUGAAAAGCCACGGGUGGCCUGUGUACAAGAAGGACGCGUACACUGUGGCCCGUCUGGGAUAUAAUAACGGCUUUUUUCCGGACUUCGUCCGGCCAGCGGCAUACGAUGCCCGUUGUCCUGAUGCCUAG